AUGUCCUCAGCAAUCGUGUGCGGCGCAACCGGCAUUCUCGGCCGAGAAAUCGUCUACCGCCUCGCCUCCAACCCUACAAAAUGGAAAACGAUCCACGCCCUCUCCCGCUCCAAAAAAGACGACUACCCCUCCAACGUAGUCCACAACCACAUCGACCUCCUCCACUCAGCCGAAGACAUGGCCAAAGACCUUGCCUCCGUCUCAGGCGAAUACGUCUUCUUCGCAGCCUACAUGCAAAAGGACAGCGAGGAAGAAAACUGGAAAGUCAACGGCGACAUGCUCGCCAACUUCCUCCGCGCGCUCACCCUCACCGGUGCCGCCAAAUCCAUCAAGCGGAUCCUCCUCGUCACGGGAUGCAAGCAGUACGGCGUCCACCUCGGCCGCGCCAAGAACCCGAUGAUGGAAUCUGACCCCUGGCUUACGGACCAGAACAUCUACCCGCCCAACUUUUACUACAGACAGCAAGAUAUCCUCCAUGAUUUCUGCAAGGCUAACCCCCAUAUUGGAUGGAACGUCACUUACCCUAAUGAUGUGAUCGGUUUUGCGAACGGGAACUUUAUGAACCUGGCUUCCGGACUGGGGAUUUACGCUGCUGUUUGCAAGGAGCAAGGGAGGAAACUGGCUUUUCCUGGGAAUGAGGGGUUUUACUCGGGUUUUGACUGCUACACUAGCUCCAAGCUCCACGCGGAAUUCUGCGAGUGGGUUGUGUGCGAGGACAAGACGAGGAAUGAGGCGUUUAAUCUGGUGAAUGGGGAUGUGCAGACUUGGGAGGAUAUGUGGCCCAGGCUGGCGAGGAGAUUUGGGAUGGAGGUUGAUCAGGGGCAGUUUCAACAAGAGGUUGGGGAACUGGCAGGGAAAGUUGAGAUGAAUGAGGUGCCGCCUAUUAAGGCUUGGGAGAAGGAGUUGGGGUUGGAGGGGAGGGUGAAGAGGAACAUGCUGAGUCAGAGGGUGAGUUUGGUCAAGUGGGCGGAGCAGGAGGAUGUCGAAAAGGCGUGGGAGAGGUUGGUGGAGAGGGAAGGGUUGCAGAAGGAUGGGUUAGAGAAGGGGACGUGGGCGUUUGUGGAUUUUGAGCUGGGGAGGGAUUUCGAUCUGGUGAUUGGUAUGAGUAAGGCGAGGGAGUUUGGGUGGACUGGAUAUCAAGAUACAUGGAAGGCAUUCUCGGAUGUGUUCGGUGAGCUUGAAGCUGCGAAGGUGCUGCCAAAGAGUCAUAAAUGA